AGAUAGUGAUAUAAAAGACAAACAAAUCCCCUCCACUUCAUUUGAACAACAGACUGAAUACCAAGCUUUGUCACAGGAUUGCUACAGAUCUUCUUCAAGCACAACCAUCGCAAUGGCUUCUCAAAUAACAGUCACUCCCAUCCCUGCACCCGCCGAGUCAAGCAUUGACUUUGGUGCCAUCGUCUCAAACGUUGACGUUGAAAACAUCAGUGAUGCCGACUUUGACGUAAUCCGUGAAGCACUCUUCACCCAUCAAGUUCUCGUCUUCAAGAACCAGGACCAUCUCUCUCCCAAGGCUCAAUAUGAGAUUACCCAGCGUUUCGAUCCUGAAGCUGCGGGCUCUUAUGGCCAUGGAAAGACCAUUGACGCAAAGCGCUCAAUCCUCCAUCCUGAUCUCAAGACCAUCCCUCAUCAACCUCAAGUCCAGGUCAUCGGCAAUGGGUUCGUUGAGGAGUAUGAAGGACUGAAGAACAUCCAGCUUCGACAUCCUCACCAUCGCACAUUCCACGCCACCACUAUCCCUGAUGAGAAAGAUCUAGACUUCACUAGGUUCUACAGAUGGCACAUCGACGCCGCUCUGUACGGCCUCGCUCCUCCAGUGGUGACAUCACUACUCGCCGUUCGUGUUCCGGGAGGUCGUAAACAGACUCUCGUCUAUGAUGACGGAUCCAAUGAGGAGUUGACCGUCCCGCUUGGUACAACAGCCUUUGUGUCAGGCUACGCCAUGUACGACCGGCUUUCGCCUGAGGAUAAGGAGUUUGUGCGUACCACAAAGGUUGAGUACGCCCCGCAUCCAUAUGUUUGGAUGAGUGGCGCAAAGUCCCGCUCCGACGGUCUGGGCUUGGUCUCUGAGGGAAAAGAAAUUCCUACUGAGAACCUCCCGCAAGUUGAGGAGGAUAAGAUCCAGAUCCUUCCCAUGUGUUGGCGCAACCCUGUUACCGGCCGUUUAGCUCUUCAGGUUCAUCCCUCUGCUGUUCGAAAGCUACACCUCGCGGAUGGCACUGUGAUCGAUGAUCUUACUGCGGUUCGUGAGCGGGUCCACGAACUUCAGCGUCCUGGUAUUGCUCCUGAACGAGUGUAUCCUCAUGAUUGGGAGCAAGGAGAUUUUGUUCUCUUUCAUAACCGGGGGUUGAUCCAUUCAGUGGUUGGUGCUUUUACGGAAGAUGAGGUUAGAUUGUUCCGACAGUGUAAUAUUGCUGGUAGUAAGUUGCCUGAAGGGCCAGUGCCUGUUGCAGCCGGUGCUUAGAUGAUGCAUGGUAGCUUGAUGAGAGACGAAAGUAAAGGGUUGAUAGAUGUACGUGGUGAUUUUAAUAAUAUUCCAUUUGCUCUCCUGCCAACCUUUCCUGAAUCCAAGUAUAUAAUAUUAAUAUCAGCAUAUUCAUUUGUUGGAUACAGGUGAGUGUUUAUACUGCCUGAAAGUGUAUUCAAUAUAAGAUUUUGGUUUUAAUAAGUUGCCUUGAUUUAUCUUGCUGAGAUAUUGAUAAGUUUACACAACUUCUAAGUUCUGCGUGGCGAUUAUAAGCUCUUUGCUACAGGUCUCGACUACAAAUAACACAUCUAGCUCAGAAUUUAGAUACUAUACCACAAUGCCUCAACAGUUGCUACAGCAAUAAUACUUAAAAUAAACCUGGAUUAUGGCUCUUUUGCCC